AUGUUAAAAUUAUUUACGAAUGUUAUCAAAAGGAAAAGUUCUCAAGACAUAAAUAUAUCCAAAUAUACAACAAGGGAUCCAGCAAAAACUCCUAAUGCUUCAAACAGCCAUUUUGUUGUUCCUGAGGAAGAAAAUGGGGAUUUCAAUGUAACUAGUGAAGUUGAUAGUUACGAAAAAUACAAACUUACACAUACCGAUGAAACAACGUCAUUAACAGAUAAAGCAGGAGGUACAACAGACCGUAAACGCCCCAUAUCGAUGCGCAAAGAAAAAACAUUUUCUGGAGUUUUUCAACCCGAAAGAGGUACAAUCAUACAUUCUCGUCUUUAUGGUUCCCCGGAGUCAGUUACGAGACUGUCAGAAUUUUUAAGCAGCAAUGUUUAUCAGGGUCCCUUAACUUAUCUUGUGCGAAAAUUAUCCGCACAAAGUGAUAUCGAAGUUCUUUACCCAAUCGAAAAUGUUAAAGUAGGCGAAACGGCAAAGAAAGAACUCCAAGGAAUUGAUCAAAAACAAUAUACAACAUCACAGAAUUGUAAAGAUACUUAUGAAAACGAUCCAGUUUAUCAUACGAUUUAUUCAAAGCAUAUAAUACCAUCUAAAACUUCUCUUUAUCGUAGUGUUUUGAAACAAGUAUAUAAUGAUUUUACAAUACUCGAAGCGCAGCAAGUUUCUCCAUCAGGUGAGCCAACUAUUACCAUAAAAAGCGAAUGUCUUAUCGGUGCAGAUACCGAACUUCGUCGCACAGGAUCGAUCAGCAACACCUGGCACUUUGAUUUUGAAGGAAAAGAUUAUCGAUGGAGACCAAGUGUUUUGGGUGCAAAGGAUUGUGAUCUUAUUUGUGAGUGGAUUGAAUAUGAAGUGCAACCAUCUUUGAUUGGAUCAGCAAAGAAAAAGAAUAAAGUGAUUAUAGCAUCCCUAAAGAGACCUGAACAACUAACAAAAGAUAAUUGGGACGUUGUUGGCGAUCUAACUAUUACAAAAACUGCAUGGGAAAAUGUAAAAGAGCCGCGGUCAUUAGAAAUUAUUUUGGUUCUUGGUUGUCUGAUAAUGCUGGAUGUUUCCUAA